AUGCGGUGGAUAUCCUCCUUUAUCUCUUUUCUGGUCCUCUGCAUCUCAGCCAGCAAUGCAAUGGUCGAUAAGAUGUGUAUGGAUAAUAUGGGCGCAAUCGGCCAGGUGGCACAGAGCCAACUAGGCCCUGUGUUCAAUGCACAGGUCUGCAGUAAGGGCAUAAAGCCCAGUAAGGCAGACUGGAAAUGGCUCGAGCCUCACAUGCAGGCAAUGAUCAACAAUGUGAGAAAAUGUUCUCAGAAACCCGAUCUACCAAAUUACAAACCGAAAUUCGAAAGGCUUGCAGACCACAUUGUGAUGAAAUGUACAAGACCCAGCCACAAUUACUGCAAGGCAGAUGAUCUUAAAGAGGUCAAAUCAUGUGUAGUUGGGGAGGCCCUUGGAUGGGGAAUGAUGAACAUGGAUAUGCUGAAAUACGUCGACAAAAGGAACUGUGAAAAGCUCGUCCCCUGCUUGAAGAAUCCGAACACUUGGACGCCUGCCAAACAGUUAAUAAAAGAAUAUGCCCGGUAUAAAAAGGCACAUGCUUAA